AUGAUCCUGGCUUCCUUGGCCCUCUUCUUGUCUCUGGUGACAGCCUUUGUGUUAGCAAUCUUCAUCAAAUUCUUGGAAACUCCCAUCAUCAAGGCCAACAACCGGGGCCUCUCCUACAUCCUCCUGCUCUCUCUCCUGCUUUCCUUCUUGACUUCCCUUCUCUUUAUUGGUCGUCCAAGGCCAGCUACCUGCCUUCUCAGGCAAACGUCCUUCGGUGUCAUCUUCUCCAUUGCUGUCUCUUCCCUCUUAGCCAAAACGAUCACGGUGGUGCUGGCCUUCCUGGCCACGAAACCUGGAAACACCACGAGGAGAUGGCUGGGAAAGACUCUGGCCCACUCUCUUGUCCUUUCUUGCUCUGGUCUCCAAGCUUUCAUCUGUACCAUCUGGCUGGGAGUUUCUCCCCCAUUUCCUGAGUCUGACAUGCACUCCCAGCCAGGAAAGAUUGUCUUGCAGUGCAAUGAAGGCUCUCUGACCAUGUUUUAUGGGGCCCUUGGCUACAUGGGCUUCCUGGCUGCCAUCUGCUUCAUGGUGGCUUUCCUGGCCAGGAACCUGCCUGGGGCCUUCAACAAAGCCAAGCUGAUCACCUUCAGCAUGCUA